ACCAUUCUGGUUCCUUUUCAGAUCAGCUGCCGGAAAACGUAAUCCGCCGUCAAAACCUGCUUAACCGCCUCUUGCUUCUCAAAUCCUAUCGCUUCCAAGGUGCUAUCAUUUAAGUCUCUCGGAUUGUACACCAUUUCCGACGUCAAUUAGGAAAAAGAAGAUGGGAGAAUUGACAGGUUACCAAUUGGGGGUUAUUGGAGCAUUGUUUCUAUCUGUGGCAUCAUCUGUAUCCAUUGUUAUCUGCAACAAGGCCUUGAUGAGUAAUCUUGGUUUUCCUUUUGCUACAACGUUGACUAGUUGGCAUCUGAUGGUAACAUAUUGCACGCUUCAUGUGGCUCAUCGUUUGAAUUUCUUUGAGAACAAGAGCAUUGAUAUGAAGACUGUGAUCCUGUUUGGCAUUCUAAAUGGUAUAUCAAUUGGUUUUCUUAACUUGAGCCUUGGCUUUAACUCCAUUGGCUUUUAUCAGAUGACCAAACUUGCAAUCAUACCUUUCACUGUCCUCUUGGAAACUCUUUUCUUGAAAAAACAGUUCAGCCAGAAAAUAAAGCUCUCUCUUUUCCUCUUACUUGUUGGAGUUGGCAUAGCAUCAGUGACAGAUCUUCAGCUCAAUUUUGUUGGCACAGUUCUCUCAAUUCUAGCUAUCAUGACCACCUGUGUUGGACAAAUUCUGACGAACACAAUUCAGAAGAGACUAAAUGUGUCAUCAACUCAGCUGCUGUAUCAAUCAGCCCCAUUUCAAGCAGCUAUUCUGUUUGUCACAGGCCCUAUGGUGGAUCAGUACCUCACCAAGCAAAAUGUUUUUGCUUACAAAUAUUCACCUCUUGUUUUGGGGUUCAUAAUUCUAUCGUGUGUGAUUGCGGUUUCUGUGAAUUUUAGUACAUUUUUGGUGAUUGGGAAAACAUCACCAGUUACAUACCAAGUGCUAGGCCAUCUCAAGACAUGUCUGGUUCUUGGAUUUGGGUAUACUUUGCUACAUGACCCUUUCACAGAGAGGAACAUCAUCGGAAUACUUGUUGCCAUUGUGGGAAUGGGCUUAUAUUCUUACUUUUGUACCCAUGAAAACAAAAAGAAACAAAUGGUUGAUCUCUCUCCUGGUUCUCAGAUUAAAGAUAAGGACAGUAAUUCACCUCUGUUGGAAAAGGAAAACCAUUUCGAAGUGAAGAAAGCAACCAAAGACUCCCUUGUUUAAGCUAAAGCGAUUGCUAGGGUUUUUUUUUUUUUUAUUGUGUUUAUAUUUCCUUUUAUCAUGUAAUUCAAUCGAGUAUAAUCAAAAUUUUGAUUCUUUUAAAU